AUGGGCUCCUCAACGCCCGAUCCCUCGGAGAAGAAUGAGGUGCACGUCGAGCGCGUCCCGGACGCCACCGCCGACAAGGCGCCCGUGGCAGCAGUGGGGUUGCCUGCCGAGUUUGCGCACUUAGACGAGAAGAAGAUUCUGCGCAAGAUGGACAUGCGGCUGGUUCCCGUCUUGGCGCUUCUCUACCUGCUGUCCUUCCUCGACCGCGGCAAUAUUGGCAACGCUAACAUCGAGGGCCUCUCCGACGACCUCGGCCUCACCCCGGACCAGUACAACUGGUGCCUCACCGUCUUCUUCUUCACCUACGCCGCCUUCGAGGUCCCCAGCAACCUCAUGCUCAAGCGCCUGCGCCCCAGCCGCUGGCUACCCACCAUCAUGGUCGCCUGGGGCGUCGUGAUGACCCUUAUGGGUAUCGUCCGUAGCUACCGCGGCCUCCUAGCCACCCGCAUCUUUCUCGGCGUUGCUGAGGCCGGCUUGUUCCCCGGCGUGGCCUACUACCUCACCAUGUGGUACUGCCGCCACGAGAUCCAGCUCCGCCAGGCCAUGUUCUUCUCCGCCGCCUCCGUCGCCGGCGCCUUCAGCGGCCUGCUCGCGUUCGCCAUCAGCAAGAUGCAUGGCGUCGGGGGCCUCGAGGGCUGGCGCUGGAUCUUCAUCCUCGAGGGGCUCGUCACUGUCCUCGUCGCCGUACUGUCGUACUUUUUGCUCUACGACUUUCCAGAGACCGCGGGCUUCCUGACCGAGGAGGAGCGCGCUUUUGUCGUGUACCGGCUCCGUUACCAGGGCCAAGUGGCCACUGAAGCCAGCGACUCGGCAGGCGCGAGAGUCGCGCAGUCGGAGGAGUUUCAGUGGAAGUACGUGUGGCAGGCCUUCACCGACUGGCAGAUUUACGUCAACAUCUUCGUGUAUUGGGGUGUUGUGUGCCCGUUGUACGGUAUUAGCCUGUUCUUACCAACCAUCAUCAAGGACCUCAACUACACCAACAGCACCGCCCAGCUCAUGACUGUCCCAAUCUAUAUUACCGCAUCCAUCCUCGCCGUGUUCGGGGCGUUCCUCUCCGACAGAGCUGGUGUGCGAAGCCCCUUUAUCAUCUCGCUGCUCUGCGUCAUGGCCGCCGGCUUUGGCAUGUGCAUCGGGUCGGAUAACCCAAAAGUCGUCUACGGCGGCGUCUUCGUCGCGGCGUGCUGCAUCUAUCCGGCCUUUCCCGGCGUCAUCGCCUGGCUCUCCAACAACCUCGCCGGCAGCUACAAGCGGGGCGUCGGCAUGGCCCUUCAAAUCGGCAUCGGCAACCUCGGCGGCGCCAUGGCGUCCAACUUUUACCGCAAAAAGGACAAGCCCCGGUUCAUCCUGGGCCACGCGCUCGAGCUCGGCUUCAUCGGCGUCGGCACCGUCGCCGCCGUCCUGCUCGUGCUGUCGUACCGCCGCAUCAACCACGCGCGCGACAGGCGGAUACGCGACGGUGCCGACCGCCUCCUCACGGUGGAGGAGUUGGCCGCCCAGGGAGACAGGGCGGUCACAUUCCGGCCCGAUCCUCGGGCUUACCUCCCACCCCUCCCAUCACCGGCGAUCCGCGUGGUCACCCUCCCACUCCCUGUCAUCCACCAGAUACCGGCGCCCGCCGCUCGUAACGUUCAAUCUCGUCCGCCCAGUCGCGCAUGUACCGUGCGUAACCGCCUCACCAUGUUCCCGGACCCGUCAAGCAAGGCCAAGAGCAUCAGCCCGUGUGCCACCAUCCCUGAUUCGCCCUCGUCCAUCACCUCGAACAGCUCCGCCAUCUCCUCCUCGGCCGUGGGACAGAGGCGCCGGAAACGGCCGUGCAUGUCCGCGUCCGCGACGGCCCGUAGGGCCUCGACGCUUUCUCUGUGGGCCGUGCGCAGCAUGCGCAGGAUCUAG